GUGUUCUUUAGGUCGUACCGUAUACUACACUUCAGCCGCAGAGGCACGCAAAGUAGAUGAAUUUGCCUCCUGGUGCAGAAUGUGGUACUGUCCCAGCAGCUUCUGGUGGGGACACAAACUCGACAAAUGUCCCUCAUCAGGCCAUUGCUGCAAGAGAUGCAAAAGUGGGCUGUGUGGCUGUUGAGAGCUCUGGUGGAGGGAGGCCUGUUGAAGGUGCGGAGAUACCAGCUGCCCACAGAGGACCAUUGAUAGCAAACCCGCUGUCGGCAGCAGUGAACUCUCUGCCGCGGAGUCAGAUUCUAACGACACCCAAUUCAACUCUUCAGAAGGGUGUAAAUGAAGCACUGCAAAUCCUGUUCCUGUUACUGAGGCUGAAGCGCCAGCACUUAUGCGAUGGUUUGCACACUGAAAGCAUUGCAGCAACAACAUAUACUUUGGCAACAACUAUGACGGCUUCAGCAGCAGCAGCAACAACUAUUACAACAGCAACAGGAACAGGCCUUUCAAGUGCACUUUCUCUCAAAAAUUCUGUGGCUUGUUUGGUAGAGAUGAUGCACUUGGGGGGCAUGUUGGCCGGGAUGCAUCCACCUAUGCCAAUCCACCAGAUUCCUGUUCCUUUUAUGGCUGCUGGUAUCCCAGGUCUCGGUUGGCCAGUCUGUCCUCCUGCAGGAAAGAUUCCUCCACAGUACGAGUGUGCAAACCAUCGCAUAAGUGCUGGCGCUUCAGCCUCAGUAACAGGAACAGGAUUUGCAGUGCUUCAUUUACACCCUUCUGAAGAGUUGAAUUGGGUGUCGUUAGAAUCUGACUCCGCGGCAGAGAGUUCACUGCUGCCGACAGCGGGUUUGCAAUCAUUGGUCCUCUGUGGGCAGCUGGAACCUCCCCACCUUCAAUGAUGCAUUGUUUUAUGAAGUGCAUUUAUUGGAAGAACUUAUUUUUAAAAAGUGUGUACACUUUUUAAUAUACAAAUAUGUAAUAGAGGAAAAACAGAAAGUACAAACU